CCUCCCCUCGACCCUCUCUCUCUCCACGCCGCCAUCAUGCCCAAGGGGAAGAAGGCCAAGUCGAAGGGGAAGAAGGUCGCGCCGGCGCCCUUCGCCGUCAAGAAGCAUGAGGCGAAGAAGACCGUCAACCCCCUGUUUGAGAAGCGGCCAAAGAACUACUCGAUCGGCCAGGACAUCCAGCCGAAGCGGGACCUGACGCGGUUUGUGCGCUGGCCUCGCUACGUGCGCCUGCAGCGCCAGCGAGCGAUCCUCUACAAGCGCCUCAAGGUGCCUCCGGCCAUCAACCAGUUCACACAGGCCCUGGACCGGCAGACGGCCACACAGCUGUUCAAGCUGGCCCACAAGUAUCGCCCGGAGACCAAGCAGGAGAAGAAGGCUCGCUUGAUGGCGCGCGCCGAGCAGAAGGCCGCCGGGAAGGAGGACGUUCCAACCAAGCGGCCCCCCGUGAUCCGCUCGGGCGUGAACACGGUGACGACGCUCAUUGAGAGCAAGAAGGCGCAGCUGGUGGUCAUCGCUCACGACGUCGACCCCAUCGAGCUGGUGCUGUUCAUGCCGGCGCUGUGCCGCAAGAUGGGCGUCCCCUACUGCAUCGUGAAGGGCAAGGCGCGCGUGGGGCGCCUCGUCCACCGCAAGACCUGCGCCGCCGUCGCCUUCACCCAGGUCAACCCGGAGGACAAGGCCGUGCUAGGCAAGCUCGUGGAUGCCAUCAAGACCAACUACAACGACCGCUUCGACGAGAUCCGGCGCCACUGGGGUGGCGGCAUCAACGGCGCCAAGUCGCUGGCGCGGAUCGCCAAGCUGGAGAAGGCCAAGGCCAAGGAGCUGGCGAACAAGCUGGGCUGAGGCUCGCUCACUCGCCACGCCACGCUCCUCGCCCGCCAUCCCCGCCCGUCCGUGAAGUCAAUAAAGACAGUUUUCUCCCAA